AUGCCGAAAUGCACAUUUUUAAACAUUCGUAAAUUAAUUAUUAAAUUACACGAUGAAGGAAAAGUCUCCCGUGAAAUAUCAACAAUUUUGGCUAUCAGAAAAUCGACUGUUAACAAUAUUAUUAUUAAAUUUAAGACAACGGGUACUUUAGAAGCUAAACGCAAUCCUGGGCGACCAAGAAAAACAACUAAUCGUGUUGAUAGAGUAAUUAAAAGAAAGGCUAUCUCAGACGUAAAAAAGAAUGCUGCAAUCAAUGCACGCGAGUUACGCGAAGAAAAUUUGGCUGACAUUAGUCAAAGUACUGUGUCACGAAGGUUGACAGAAGUGGGACUUUUCAGACGCGUUUUUGUUAAAAUACCACUUAUCAGUAAGAAAAAUAAGAAGGACAGAUUGGAAUUCGCAAAAAGACAUCAGCACUGGACUAUUGAAGAUUGGAAAAAAGUGCUCUUUUUGGAUGAAACUAAAAUUAAUGUGUUUGGAAACGAUGGGAGGAGAUAUGUUCGACGACCAAAAGGUACUAGAUAUGAUUCAAGACAUCAAAUACACACUGUAAAACACGGUAAAAGUAGCAUUAUUCUAUGGGGUCCCUUUUCUUGGAAAGGCGUUAGCCCAAUCUUUAAAAUUGAAGACACAAUGGACUCUAUUAAAUAUAGAGAUAUCAUAUUAGAUGUAAUUCUGCCUUAUGCAUGUCAAAACGUGCCACGAGGAUGA